AGCUGCAAACCACCUCAAUGGCACCUUCACGAGCCCUCCUCCGCCGCAUAGCCCGCGCAUCCAUACACCCAACUCCACGUCUCCUCUCCACCAGUGCACAUACACGAACCCCUCUCACCAUACGCUCACAAACAUCAUCACUGUGUUCACUUUCCGCCCGUCCAACGCCCCCCCUGCUAUCGCGACCCUCGUAUUCCCCCGCACAUCCCACCCGCCCAUAUUCGCAAUCCGCGGAGCCGCCCGACUACCUCAACGAGGCGGAACUGCAUGUCUUUAAUAAGAUAAAAGCGGAGCUAGAUCCUGUGAAGCUCGAGGUGCAGGAUGUAAGCGGUGGCUGCGGAUCCAUGUAUGCGAUUGAUAUAGAGUCACCCAAGUUUAAAGGAUUGACGGUCAUCAAGCAACACAAGUUGGUGAAUAAGGUGCUCGAGGCGGAGAUCAAGAGUUGGCAUGGUGUGCAGCUGAAGACAAAGGCAGUAUGACACAUAGGCUUGCUGGUAUGAGAAUGAUGCUAGGGGCUUGUAUAUAAUGUACCACCAUUGUAUUAUACAUAGAAAGGAGGCACAGACGUGAGUAUAUGGCAAGUCAGGGAACUGGACAUACAUCUCACAGUGUGUAGUCGUUGAACCGUCAACCCAGCGUCAAGAGCACACAAACCCAAUAAAACCAUAUCACGAGAGAACAAAAAGGCAAGGUAUAUCACAGAUUGAAUACAAUCUCUACCUACGCUGCUAACACCUCCAUCACGCC